AUGUCACUGGAUUUCUCUUCAAAUCAGCUUACCAAACUGGAACCGUCACUGUUCGCAGAGCUCGGGGCUUUACAACAGUUAACGUUGUCCAACAAUUUGCUCACAAGCUUACAACCGGAAACUUUUUCGGGUUUGAAAAGUUUGCAACGGUUGGAUUUAUCUCGGAACCGAUUGCAUAUAAUUGCUCAGUAUGCAUUUGAUGGCAUACCGGAAUUGAUUUCUCUUGAUCUCAGCAACAAUAACCUUACGCACAUGGUACCGUAUGCAUUCGCCGGGCUUGCGGCUCUGCAGCGCCUCGAUGUCAGUUCAAAUUCACUUGUUGAUCCCGUGUUCAGUGGCCUUAAUAACUUGCUGUAUCUUAAUCUCAGCAAUAAUCUGGUAAUUUCCAUUCAGUUCAUUUUGAGUUUGAGUACCUCUCGCUGA